GUUACACCCGACGACGCGACCUGGGGGAGCAACGACGCCAGGCCAUCGCUCGUCGACGACGACAAAUGCAGCAGUAAUUUCCCGCCGACGGAAUAUAUGCCCAGAGAAGUCCGAUAUGAAUACAUUCGGAAACACGUUCUUCGGGAGAAGAUGACCUCACGUCGUCGCGUCUUGACAGGAGUUCGCCGUGCUCUCUGUGCCGCCGGUGUCCUGGCACUCAUCAUCCUGACGCUGUCGGGCCAGGACACCACCAACAGCCUGCAGCAUGGAAAUUCUCUGGAGGACGCGAAUCUGACACCGGAGGAAAAGCUAUUGGAGCAGAUUGCCGUGGCGGAAACUGAGCAACGUCUGAUAGCCAGACGGAAAUUCUUAGCGGAAAAAUGCGCCGAGGAAGGACUCGAUCGUCCCGGCAACGACUCGCUUCACAGGCCGAACGCCUGGGAGUUUCUUGUAAAUAGAGAAUAUCAUCUUAUAUGGUGUAACGUUUUCAAAGCGGCGUCAACAUCGUGGAUGUAUAACUUUAAUUUACUCGCGGGAUACAGUCCGCAAUUUCUAAAGGCCUCAAAGGCAGUGCCGGUCUCGUUGGCCAGACAGAGGUAUCCCAGACAUACUGCGGAAGAACUGGCUAAAUACUUAAACGACAGCAUCAGUUUUCUCAUAGUCCGACAUCCAUUCGAGAGAUUGCUCAGCGCUUAUCGGGAUAAACUGGAGCACAGCCUACCGCACACGUUUCACAGCAACCUCGGGGCGCACAUCGUUUGGAACUACAGAGCAAAAAAUUCAAAGACGAACACAAGACAGGGACCGAGAUAUCCGCUCUUCGAGGAAUUUGUGCGAUGGCUGUUAUGUCAGUGGAAGGCGGGAAACGAUCUUGACAUGCACUGGACGCCGGUGGUGAAUUUCUGCACACCCUGUCAAGUGCGAUUCGAUGUGAUAGCUAAAUUCGAGACGUUACACGAUGAUCAAGACUACCUUAUCAAGCAAGCCCGUGUGGGACACAUCAUUAAGCCAGUGUGGAAAAAUCCAACCAAGGGCGUCCAGACGAAAGACGUCAUAAAGAAUUAUUUUACUCAAUUAUCUAAAACGCAGAUCAAUGAGCUUUACGAGAUGUUCAGAUAUGACUUCGUAUUGUUCGAUUACUCGCCCGAGGAGUAUCUAGCGUUCGGAAGAGACGAAGUUACCACGUUAAUGUGUAAAAAAUGACGUAAGAAAUUUCGUCUGUGAAACUUUGUCUUACUAAUAUAUU